AUGUUUCAGGACACAGGUUCCGCAAACUUGGACCUCUUCUUCCAGUCGGUUCCACAAGGAAGGCCGAAGGAGAACCAACAGUUGAAGGGGCUGCUAGACAAGGCUUGGGCGGAGAGUCCAGAGGUUUGUCUGAAACAGAUGUUCCUUCUCGGAUCCCGGGAGGGCAAGCAGGACAGGUAUUCGUUCUACGAUGCCAUGAUGUGGCUUUGGCACAAGGACCCCCAUACCCUGCUGGCCAACUUGCACCUGGUGCCUGAGUGCAACUACUGGAAGGGCUUGCUGGAGAUACUGGCGCGCAUCUGCGAAGGCCCGGUGCGCAGCUUGCAGCGAGACUUGGCCCUGCAUUCGCACUACAAGCGCUGCCAGAAAGAGCCAGAGGACCACAAGUAUCGGAUGGAAGAUGCCGGCAUCGAGGGGGAAGGCAACUUCCGGCCCGGUUCUCGCCUGCAGAUGGCAGAGGAAGCGCUGAAGCGCUACGACAGUGAUCCGGUCUACCGAUCGCUCUUCGAACGCAUCGCACGACUCUUUGCAGAGCAGCUGCGCCAGGACUUUGCGGCCAUGCGCCGAGGUCAGAGGGUGAGCCUCUGCGCGAAGUGGUGCCCUCUGCUGUACCAUUCCUUCGAUCGCCGCACCCUCCUCUGUGAAGGUAUCGCCCGUUGGCUCUUCCCGGCGACCUUGCCGGAGUUUGCAGGUUGCAGCGAACGACAGUAUGCCUACAGAGCUCGCGAUCUGCUGAGGAAGCGGCUCUCUGAGCUCACCGAGUACAUGAAGCUCCCAGAGAGGCUGAUCUGCCAGCAUCGAUGGGCUGAGAUCCGGUACAAGUCGCUUCCGGCGGCUUGCCUGACCAAGCAUGCCAAGAGCUUCGAGAAGCACGACUCCGUCAGAUUCAAGGAGUUUAUGGACAAGGUCGAGGGCGGAAAGGUCCGGGUGAACACCGGAGCUUUGCAGCCGCACGAGAUCCUGAAGCGUGUGCAGCGGGCCGAUGAUAAGGCCUUGGCGCAAGGACAAUGGCAGGCCAUGCUGGAGCGAAUCCGCGAAGCUGGCCAACUGCAGGAUUGCAUCGCUGUGUGCGACGUGUCGGGCUCUAUGUCCUGCGAGGCCGCCCCAAAUGUCAGCUGCAUGGAUGUGGCCAUCGCGCUGUCCUUGCUAGUGGCGGAGCUUUCUUCCGGGCCCCUGGCACGUCAAGUGAUCACGUUCCACGAGCGACCGUCCAUUGUUAAAUUGCCCGACACUUCGGACCUGUGCGAGUUGGUGGACUUCGUGAGACGGCUAGACUGGGGUGGGAGCACCAACUUUCACCGAGUUUUCCAGCUCUUGGAGAAGAUUCCCAAACCACCCAAGAAAAUCCUAGUCUUCUCUGACAUGCAGUUCGCCAAUGCCGGUGGCAACACCACAGUGCUGAGGCAGAUUCAGAACAACUAUCGGCAGACCGGCCGGACCAUGCCUGAGCUGGUCUUUUGGAAUCUUCGAGCAACGUCUGGUGCACCAGCCCUUGCCACCGAUGCAGGCGUUGUGCUAAUGUCCGGCUUCUCGUCACGCAUGCUGAAGAUGGUCACCGAGUCCGGGCCGGAUCCUUUGGCAGCCUUCAGCAAGGCGCUGGAGAACCCUCUCUGCGGAAAGGUGCGCAUCGCCGAUCCAGCGGAGGCCGAGGAGCUGCUGGCAGGCCCCGCUCAGGGCACCUUCACCUUCGCUGCAGAGGCUCAGGCAGAGCCCGCACAGCCUGCGCAGCCUGCAGAAGCCCCGGCAGAGGCCCAGGCCCCAACGCCAGAGCAGCGCAAGCUGCGCAAGCAGCAGAGGCAGGUGACGGUGAAGUUGGCCGGACUGCCGUGCCGUGUUGUGGAGGCAGCGCUAAUCGGCAAAGAGGGGCAGAGGAUCCAAGAGCUGAGGAAGACACUCCAGGACCGCCUUUGCCAAGAGCUGGAUAAGGGCUACUUCCGCUUUUGGCUCGAUGUGCGACAGCGCGUCUUGGAAGCGACCGUGGAAGCCGCCGAGACCUCGUUCGGAGAAGAUCAGAUUCGAACCGCCCUGGCGCAGCUCAAGCACUGCAUCCCGCACAGUGUUGUCUACAAUAAAGUUUCACACGCUCUUCGCAUCGACGACGGCCUCCCCACAGGCACACUGGGCGCAGCAUCUGCCACUCUCGGGUCACUGCCGACGAAUCGGGCCAUUGCUGACUUUAUCGGCCCAAAGGGUUCGAGGAUUCAGUCCAUGCAGGAGCAGUUGGAGCGCAUCCUGGAUGAGCAGCUGAGUCCGGCCGGCUUUUGGUUUUACCUGGACGUGCAGAAAACAGGUGUAACUGCGGUCCUGUCGGCGACUGUGGUGCCCCACGACAGCUUGCUCACCAAAGGACAGCUGGUCGCUGCCUUUCAAUUGUUGAAAGCCCAUGUCCAAUCAAGCCAGCAAUACAUAAACGCCCGCCGGGUUGCGGAACGGCAGCAAUGGAGAAAGACCGACCGCACCUGCGAUGUGUACUUCGCGAAAGAUGACCGCGGAGAGGUGGCCAGGAACGGCACCCAACACGCUGUUGCCAGAAGGACUCGAGCCAACAAGGUUGCAAAUGCCAGGAAGCAGAGGUCACUCUUCAAGUACAGGAGAGCAGUACGAGCAAGAGCAGCUCAGGUGAGCUCGAAGUCCAAGGCGAAGCCAUCAAUGCCUAAGCGGAUGGUUAGGACGGCCAGGAUGCACAAGUUCUUUUCCGAUGAUUCCUCCUCUGACGUAUAG